AUGGAAGAAAGAAAAGUUAUCACCAACGACAAGAGAAGAAGUAUAGUCAGUGACACUAUGACUGGACGGUCUGAAGACCAAAGAAUGGAUAAACUACUUGACGAAUUGAAAGAUGCUUUUACUUUUGAUGGAUCAUUAUUUCCAUGGCUUGUUGAAAUAUUAAAUGAUUAUGAUACUACUCCUAAUAUACUAAUCACUAAAGCGUCUCUCCUGGAGGAUAUUAAGAACAGAGCUGCUGUUAGUGACUUUAAACCACUUGAAAGACAAGAUACAAGUAAUUAUGAUGGAGAGGAGUUGUUGCUGGUGUAUGAUUAUGACUUCAGGUAUGGGGAAAACUUUUAUCUCUGUCUCACUGAAGCUGCCAAAGACCUCAUACUCAAUGUAAGUGAACUGGGAAAUUUAUUUGUUUUAAUAGAAUUACAUAUGAAGUUCAAUGUCUCCAGAAAGAGGAGGUUGUUUGGUCGUGAGAUACAGUUCUCUGAUUACAGUUACAUUAACAAUAAGGAGCUCUACACUGAAGUGACACCAGUGGCUCCUGGAGCAACUUCUCAAGAGAAUAUCCUUGAAAUAAAGAGAUUGGAACUGGAGCAAGGGACACAGGCUAUUCCUGAGGUUGCUGAUAAAAUCAUUCAGUCAAAAUGGAGCUGUCCAGUUAAUGCAUGCACUCAAUAUGAACCAAGGACAUUCAGUGAAGAGGAACAAGAGAGAGUUUGGAAGAGUGAAGAGAUGCAGGAAUUCAUGAAGAAUGUAACACCAAGAAUGGAAUUGUGUUUGCAGCAGAAUGAGAUUAUGGAUAUAUUCCCUGAUGACUAUCUCCUACUGUCCAAUGAUGAUGGGAUUGUUGCUAACACAACUGACACUAAUCUUAAGGAGUAUCAGUCAUUCACUGACCUCAAGUUCAGUAAAGAUAAAGUUGUGACUUGUAUUGACUGGCAUCCAACAAUCAAAGGUAUAGUUGCUGUAUCAGUUGGUGAGCCAUACUCACUCAAUGAAAGGAUAGAAUUAUCAUUUAAACUAGUUCACUCAAACUCACUUGUUCUUCUAUGGAGCUUCACUGAUCCCAUUCACCCUCAAUUAUUUUUAGAAGCUCCUGAAGAUAUUUUGUGUUUCAAGUUCAAUCCAAGCAAUCCAAACCUCAUUGUUGGGGGCUGCAUCAACGGACAGGUUGUAAUAUGGGAUAUAACGGACUAUCAGGAGAGACUACAGAUUCAUCGCUCAAUCAAUACAAAAGAGAAAGGACCAGUAAUGAACGUAUGUACACACAAUUAUCUCAUUGCUGCUGUCUCUUUAGCUCCUAAGCCAGAGUAUGUGUUCAACUCUGCUCACUGUGGAUCAAUGUCAACAGUACAAAGGUCACCUUUCUUUCGUGAUGUCAUACUAACUGUUGGUGGAUGGAACUUUGCAAUAUGGAAGGAAGAGGAAAAGAGUGAUGCUUUACUGAGGUCUGGUAAUUCUCCUGUUAUAUUGACUGGAGGGGCGUGGUCACCUACUCGUCCAGGUGUUUUCUUUAUAUGUAAGCAUAAUGGUAAUAUUGAUAUAUGGGACCUAAUGGACAGGUCUCAUGUUCCUUCACUGGCUCAAAACAUUUCCUCUCUACCUCUCAGUUAUAUUGUACCAUGGCCACUAUCAAAUAGACAGUUAAUGUUAGCAGCAGGUGAUAGUGCUGGUACAUUACACAUAUUAGAAAUACCAUGGAGUCUAAGUCAUGCAUCAAGCAAUGAAUUACUAAUAAUGGAGUCAUUCUUUGAUCGAGAGGUUAAGAGGUUGGAUUUUGUUAGUGAGAGAAACAGAAUGAGAGAAAUAGAAAAGAAAGCACUUGAUGAGAAGAAAGCUACAGCUCAUGAUGAUGAAGAAGAAAAAAAGACUGAAAUUCUAAAAGAUGAUGAAGAAAAAUAUGAACUGGAGUAUAGAGAUUAUCUAAAGUUGGAACAAUCAUUAUUGAUUGAACUAGAACUGAGACAACCAGCAGAUGAAAACUGAGAAAGUGUGUGUGUGUGUGUGUGUGUUACAGUGUUAGGAGUUUGAGGAAAUAUGUCUAGACACUUUUUACUAUGCAUAUGAUUUCCUGUCAUUUUAUUUGCAAAUGCAAA